AUGUCAUGUCUCCAGGAGAACCUCCGUGAACGGGAAACUGAGCUUUCUGCUGAAAAGAAAAAUGCCCUGAAGCGAGACAAGACCAUCCAGGGUUUAACCCUUGUUUUAAAAACCAAGGAAAACGAGACUGGAGAACUCGCUUCCGAGGUAGAAAGCCUGAAAGCUUUGUUGGCGAAGUCUGCAGAGAUCGGUUCCGAAGCUCAGAUGCAGAAAUUCAAGGAGGCUGAAGGUCCCCAGGAGCUCCUGAUGGAGAAGGAGAGCCUGUUGGCAGACUUGCGCUCGCGGAACCUCACCAAGGACACCGAGAACCGGAAGCUCCAACGGAAGCUGAAGAGGAUCGAGCAGGAGCUGAGCGAGCUGCUCACGGAGAAGGAGAAGCUGGCCGGAGAAUUGGACGAAGCUCGGCAGCAGAAAAACCAGAGCGACAAAACCAUCCACAUUCUCAGGACUGAAUUCAGCAGUGAAAAAAAAGACCUUGAAAAAAGGAUUGAGACUCUUGACGGGGUCAUUAGAGAGAAAGAUUUGAGGCUGCAGGAAUGGUCGACUAAAUUCCAAAACCUGGAGAAAAAUAAAGAGAGUCUUGAGAGACAGAACGAAGCCUUGAUCGAAGAGAAAUGCGCAGCCCAAUCCGAGCAGCUGGUGACCAAAAUGAUGCACGAAUUAGAGAGGAUCAAGGAAUCCGAAUACUCCGAGAUGCUUGAAACUCUCCGAAAAGAGCACACUAUUUUUGCGUCUUUGAUCAGAUCUCUGAAAGAUGCCGACGGGUGA